AAAGUAAAACAUUGUGUUUUCAACUACAGCCUCAGCUUAAGUGGGUUCAAUGACGUUAUGGGCUCCCCAGAUCAAUCCCGCCAAAACGUCUCUGUCGUACCAGAUACCGGCUCAUUGAACCUUUGGGUGAUUGACUCUGCAUGCGAUACAGGACCUUGUAAUGGCUUCCUCAGCUUCUACACAAGACGCAAAUUUAAUACAACGGAGUCGUCAACGUUUUCUGUAGAGAAUCGAUCCAUAGCUAUUACGUACGGUUUUGGUUGGUUUGAUGGGCUGAUCGGAAAGGAUACCGUCUCUUUUGCCGGUGAUCAUUUCAUUGCAAAUAUUUUUGGAUAUGUGCCAAUCGAUGGCAUUCUUGGGCUUGCCUGGCCAACGAUUUCUGUGGGAAAUGUGACUCCUCCAAUGCAGAACCCCUUUCCUGUCCUUGACGCCCCUAUUUUCACCGUCUGGUUAGACAGGAAGGUCAGCAACGGCGGUCUGAUUACUUACGGCGGCAUCGACUCCACUAAUUGCGAAGAGAAAAUCGACUAUGUUUCGCUAACGUCGAAAACGUACUGGCAGUUUGCUAUUAGUGGUUUCUCGAUUGGAAGCUACUCAACGGAAAGGAUCUAUGAUGUGGGUGGUCGGUGA